AUGGCUCUCACCAGCUCCCGUAUGGCGGCGCGGCCCAUGGCCUCGAAGGCCGUGGCCCAGCGGGCCGUGAUCAGCCGGUCCCGGGUCGUCCGCGCUAAGGCCGCGGCUGCCUCUGGCGAGGAUCUUGGCUUCAAGACCAUGCGUGAUGGCGUGAAGGUUGCUGCGGAGGAGACGCUGCUGAGCCCGCGUUUCUACACCACGUGCGUGACCCCACGGCACCGGGGCGCGUGUGCGCAAUGA